AUGGAUCAGUCAUCGUCAGCGGUGCCCAGAGCAACAACACCCUGUCUACCGGCACCAUCCCAGCAGUUCGGUGGCACACAACAACCCGGUAGCAAUUGCUGCACACCUGAUGCACAACAGCCACUGCAUUAUGGGAGUGACCGGCCUGGCAUCCAGUGUACAGGAAGUGGACAGGGUUGUCGGCGAUUUUUUCAUCAGGAAUGCAGUGAAUUGUUGCCUGAUGCCUUCCGGGCAAUUGUGGCGGAGCCGCGCGCCGAAUGGAUUUGUCCGGAGUGUAUGUGCCGCCAACAAACCCAGCUUACUUUUGCAUAG